AGCUGGCAUUUCAUUCAUUCCUUCAGUAGAUACUUGUGUGCUCACUUUGUGCCAGGUACACUACAGAACUGAACAAAAUAAAGCCCUGUGUUCAUGGAAUUUAAAGUGAACUUUGCAGGAUAAAUCCAUAGUUCCUGCAUUUGCUUUAUUAGAUGCAGCUGACAAACAGAGGGCAAAACUCAGAUAGUGCCCCUGGGCAUAAAUGCAUUUGAUCCUGUUCAGCUGCCCUAUGAGGCAAGCAGGGUUGGGAUCUGAGUUUGGGUCUUGUCAGGCCAAGGCUGGGUGUUGAUUAGAAAGAGGAGUGGUGGAACUCCAGCCAGAUGGGCAGGAGAUAGGCUGAUGGGGCUGAGAGAGUACUAGUAACUUCAUUGGAGCAGAAAGAUGAAGUUUUCAAAUGCCUGCUGAUAGCAGGGUAGUAGAGGCAGGGCUUUGGAGUUGCUGGAGAGUCACCAAAGUGGCCUAGAAGCCAACACAGGGUUGUGUCUGGGGGACCUGUGGGGCCCUCCAGCUAGUGAAGCCCUGUUAUCAGUUCACUGAGCCACAAGCUCUCAGAGACCCAACCCAGUCUGCUUUCCUUCUUGGGCCUGAGCUGGACCAGUCAGGAUAACCCAGGGGUUAAAAGUUCAUGGGUCAGGGCUGUGAUGUCCACACCUGUUUCUAAUAUAUAUAUAUAUACAUAUAUAUAUAUAUAUAGUUUUUGAGUACAGUCUAAAUUCUGAGCAUUUAUAAAGUAUAACAGCCUUCUUGACUAAAAUGCUUUCAAACAGUGGCAACAAUUUAACAUGUUGAGAUAAAGGACAUACUCGAUCUGAUAUUUUAUUUGACAAACUUUGGAUUUACUUCUUGCACCUCACUUUGCUGGCCUUUGCUUCCAGGGAUCAUGUUUUGGCUUUGUGAAGUUGGGCAACUUCCUUAACCUCUCCAAGCUUUGGUUUUCUCACCUGUAAAACACGAUAAUAAAACCGCUGGAGAACUUUAAGAGUUAAAUGAGGUGCCGGCGUCGAUGGGGGCCCUGAUUCCGGUCGCAAGCGUCGCAGAAAGCGGCUGAAGCCUGGCGGGGCUGGCGGCAAGGGAAUGAGGAUUGUGGAUGAUGAUGUGAGCUGGACAUCUAUUUCCACCACUAAACCGGAAAAGGAUGAUGAUGAUGAUGAUGGAGAUUUGCCUGUGGUGGCUGAGUUUGUGGACGAGCGGCCGGAAGAGGUAAAGCAGAUGGAAGCCUUUCGUUCCAGUGCCAAAUGGAAGCUUCUGGGAGGCCACAGCGAAGAUCUGCCCUCACACAGACACUUCCGUCACGACACCCCGGAUUCAUCUCCCCCCAGGAGGGUCCGUCACGACACCCCAGAUUCAUCUCCCCCCAGGAGGGUCCGUCACGACACCCCGGAUUCAUCGCCCCCCAGGAGAGUCCGUCACGACACCCCAGAUUCCUCUCCCCCCAGGAGAGUCCGUCACGAUACCCCAGAUUCGUCUGCCCCCAGGAGGGUCCGUCACGACACCCCGGAUUCAUCCCCCCCGAGGAGAGUCCGUCACGACACCCCAGAUUCGUCUCCCCCCAGGAGGGUCCGUCACGACACCCCGGAUUCAUCCCCCCCGAGGAGAGUCCGUCACGACACCCCAGAUUCGUCUCCCCCCAGGAGGGUCCGUCACGACACCCCGGAUUCAUCCCCCCCAAGGAGGGUCCGUCAUGACACCCCAGAUUCCUCUCCCCCCAGGAGGGUCCGUCACGACACCCCAGACCCAUCUCCUCCCAGGAGGGCCCAUCAUGCUUCUCUGGAUCCUUCUCCCCUCAGGAAGCAUCAUCGUCACUCUUCAGGUGUGUCUCCUAGGAAAGCCCGUCACGACACACCAGAUCCAUCUCUUCCUAGGAAGGCCCAUCACAGUUCCUCAGAUAGCUCUUUUCCCAGGAGGGGCCGAAAUAGCUCCCCUGACACAUCUCAACCGAGAAGGACUCUUGACUCCUUGGACACAUCGCAGCUCAGGAGGACCCACCAUGACUCCCCUGAUUUGGCUGCUAAUGCAAGAACCAAAAGCAGUAAAGCCCCGGAAAGAGCCUCCAGCAAAACUUCUCCACAUUGGAAGGGGCCGGGACCAUCUCAUGCAUCACUCCCAAAGAAAAGCAAGAAUGAGUAUAACUCCAACAUCUCUCCUCCCAGAAAAAAGCAAGCAAAAUCUCAUAAGCAUGAUUCUAAAGACUCUUCCCCCAGCCAUAGGAAGUUUCACACAAGCUCUUCACCUAGGAGACAUCUGAGUCACACGUUGGAUUCUUCCUCCUAUGCAAGUGACAGUCGGAAAGCCUCAGAUUCAGAUCUUUCUCCUCCUCGACAUAAGCAAAGUUCAGGGCACAGGGAUUCUGACUCAGAUCUGUCACCUCCACGGAAUAGACCUACACAUCGGAGCUCUGAUUCUGACCUGUCUCCACCAAGGAGGAAACAGAGGGUCCAAUCUUCUGAUUCUGAUCUGUCUCCACCUCGAAGGAGUCAACCUCUAGAAAAGAAGGCUUCAUACAUGUAUUCUGGGUCUAAAACUGGGUUGGUGUCUGCUGACGUGCACCGAGAGGAGCAGGAGCUCAAGAAACGGGAAACCCUGGUGUUUGAAGCUGAAUCCCAGUAUGCUGAAACUGUAUUUCGAGAUAAAUCUGGCCGUAAGAGGAAUUUGAAACUGGAACGUUUAGAGCAAAGGAGAAAAGCAGAGAAGGACUCGGAGAGGGACGAGCUGUACGCUCAGUGGGGAAAAGGGCUAGCCCAGAGCCGGCAGCAGCAACAAAACGUGGAGGACGCAGUGAAGGAAAUGCAGAAGCCUCUCGCCCGCUAUAUUGAUGAUGAAGAUCUGGACCGGAUGCUGAGAGAACAGGAGAGAGAGGGGGACCCCAUGGCUAGCUUUAUCAAGAAGAGUAAAGCCAAGGAGAAUAAGAAUAAGAAAGUGAGACCUCGAUACAGUGGUCCUGCACCACCUCCCAAUAGAUUCAAUAUCUGGCCUGGAUAUCGCUGGGAUGGAGUGGAUAGAUCCAAUGGAUUUGAACAGAAGCGCUUUGCCAGGCUUGCCAGCAAGAAGGCGGUGGAGGAACUUGCCUACAAGUGGAGUGUUGAGGAUAUGUAAUUUUUCUGAAGCUGUGGGGUGGCUCUGGGUUGUGGUAGUGGAUAUAGGGCAGCCAGACAUCCAGCUGUAACGGGUGUCUAUGCUAAUAAUCAGGGUCCACACAGACCAGCAACUUGAAUGCCAGUUUUGACUGUGGAGGAAUAUUUUGAGACCUGAUGUUCGGACUGAGGCACCUGGCCUUCUUCAGGUGUUCCAACACUGGCUAUUGUUGGCCUUCAGAGGAAGUAUUGAUUUUUCAGUGUCCCAGGAUUUGUUCUUGGUUAGGGUUUUUGUUUUUUAAUAAACAUGCAUUUAUUUUUUCAAAA